UGGAAUGAGUUUCUGUAUAGAAGGGGUAUCAAAACUAAGGUCCCCCUUGAUCUGACUUGAGGCUUCUUAGGCUCAGUAACCCUUUUUACUCGAGUUUGGGGUUAGAAAUUUCUGCCACAAUGGAACCUAACAAGAUAGGAGAUGUGGGGAAGAGCACUUGUUUCUUUCUCAGAACAAGUUGUACAACAGGAUGAUAUAGCAAACCCCACCAUUGGUUACUAGGAGUAAAGCCCUAAUAGGUGACCAUAGACUCAUAUGUUUGAAUGUAAUGGGGUGAAUCGCAAAAUGGAACAGCUUUGAAUCCUUAGUCUAUUGCCUAAAGAGAACUAAAUUUCAAGCUUCUAUCCUUAAUCCCUAACUGAUUUCGAUGCCCAGGACUUCCAGUUCCCAGAGAAGAUGUGAUCUCUUUUUUUGAGGAAGCCCCAUGGAUGCUGAACCAGGAAGGUCUGAGGAACAGCUCUCUAGGUGAGUGUGGUGAAAGCAGGGAUAUGAGAGUUGUGGUUACAAGAUGCUUUUAGGAAUUACUAUGAAAUAAAUAUUAGGUCUCAGUGAGAAAGACAAGCCAUGGAAUUCUUCAGAUUUUUUUUUUUUUUUUUUUUGCUUCCUGGGCUAGUCACAGAAUUUUAGUUUCCCAUCUAUAAAAUGAGUGAGUUGUACUCCGUGAUCUUGUAAAUGAUCAGUUAUCAUCCUAUGAAAAGUCAUUGUUUGGAAUUUGAGGCCAAGAAUCCUCCUGAAAGUGCCAAAAGGGCACUAAUCAGUCAAAAAUUUUUGUUAGUUAUUAUUUAAAAGAUUUAUUGCAUUAAAUGGCAAAUAUAUUCAAAGGUCGAUUAUAAAUAAUGCUUUAGCUUGGGUCUUUUUUUUUAAAUAAUGUUUAAUAUACAAAAUAACUUUUAAAAUGAUAGGAUUUCUUUAUGUAUUACUUUGUUUUUGCUGCCUCUGGUAAAGUGACAACACCAUCGCUGAAAUUUUACUGAAUGACCAACCUAUGCAUGCCCAUUCACAGGGUAUGGAUUCCAGUCUCAGCCACUGGGAUUUGGGCCAAGUCCCUCAACCAUUCUUAGUUGAUGGCCUGAGCUGUGCACACAGUGAGACUGAAGGUACUUUCUAUGUUGCUGCAGGUUUACAGUGAGGGUCCAGUGUAAUUGUGAAUGAAGCUCAUUGGUUAUUAAAUCAUCCUUGGUAUGUGAGCUAAUGGGAUUUUUAAGUUGCUUCUGCCCAUUUAAGAGUUUUCUCUUUGCCUGGGAAAAUCAAAAAUAACUGUUUCUGUUUUACUUUUGGAGAGAAGGGAAAAUAAAUAUAUGUGUGUGUGUGACUGUGUUUAUGUCUAUUAAAUUUAUUGCUGUUUUUUUUUUUUUUAAAGAAAGAGAGAUCAGAUUUGAAAUGAAGGAAAGUACUACAGAGCAAAGCCUUUAUGUGGUAGAAACUCACAAGCCAAGAUCCAUCAUUGAUGAUCCUGUUAACUUCACCUCAGAAAAUAUCUGUGUCAAUGAGAAAAUCCAUAUUGGAGAGAAAUCUUAUGAGCAUAAUCCAAGAGGAAAUGCUUUCACAAAAAAGGGGGUUCUUAUUGUCCAUCAGAAAAUCCAUAGUGCAGAGAAACCUUAUAAACAUAGCCAAAGUGGAAAGACUUUUAGCCUAAAUGGAACUCUUAGUGUACAUCAGAGAAUCCACACUGGAGAGAAACCUUAUGAAUGUAACCAAUGUGGAAAGGCCUUUAAUCAUAAGAAGGAUCUUACUAGACAUCAGAAAAUCCACACUGGGGAGAAACCUUAUAAAUGUAACCUCUGUGGAAAGGCUUUUAUAGAAAGGGGAGCUCUUAUUAUACAUCAGAGAAUCCACACUGGAGAGAAGCCUUAUAAAUGUAACCUCUGUGGAAAGAAUUAUAGACAAAUUGGAGCACUUAAUGGACAUCAGAGAGUACAUAAUGGAGAGAAACCUUAUGAAUGUAACCAAUGUGGAAAGGCUUUUACAAAUAGUGGAAAUCUUAAGAAUCAUCAGAGAAUCCACACUGGAGAGAAACCUUAUACAUGUAACCAAUGUGGAAAGGCUUUCACACAAAAGGGAGGUCUUACUGGACAUCAGAGAAUCCAUACUGGAGAGAAACCUUAUGAAUGUAACCAGUGUGGAAAGGCUUUUACACAAAAGGAAAGCCUUAUUAAACAUCAGAGAAUUCACACUGGAGAGAGACCUUAUAAAUGUAACCAAUGUGGAAAGGCUUUCAAACAAAAUGGAGCUCUUACUGGACAUCUGAGAAUCCACAUUAGAGAGAAAUCUUAUGAAUAUAACCAAGAUGGAAAAGGUUUUUCAUGAAAAUCUGGUUAUUGUCAGAUCUGUGAUGAAAUGCAAAGGCAUUACAAUCAGGAGGAGAAUUAAUUAGGGAGAGAACAUUUGAUGUGCUGCUGAUGCCUUCCACACUUAGCCUUCUCUUGCUAUAACCCUAUAGGAAGGGAAAAUAAAUAUUGCCUAGAGAUUUAAGAUAGCUUCUAAGGAAUAUUGGAUCCUUCCUUUCCACCUGGUCUUCUACAUAAAAAGCUUCCUGGGAGAAUGGAAAGAUCACUACAUUUGGAGUCAAGAGGACAUGGGUUGAAAUUCUGGUUUUGUACCUCUGUGGUUUUAGGAAAGUAAUUAAUUUAGCUGGGGGUUUUUGCAUUCUGAUUAGGAUUCAGGUCUCUUCCAGCCCAUAAUCCUUUGAGAAGCCCAAGAAGAACUUGAAGAGAAACCCUAGCUUUCAAUGUCACUUACUUCUGGGCCCUCAGCUUCAGAUAGGACUAAUAAGUUAGAUGACUAAGUCUUCUGGAUAUGACUAACAGUUUGGAGAUUCAGCAAGAUAUGGAAUAUUCUAAAACUAGUUGAAUUAGGAAGCUUGCACAUCAUUCCUAAAUGAAUAAUUCUGUGCAGCUAGUGAAAUAGAUUUCUUGUCAUAUUUGUUCAGACAGAAAAUAUUUUAAGAUGCAUUUAAGAAUAAAAGAUUUUAAUUCUGACAUUUCAGGUUAUACCCACACAAUUGACAGUAAUGGAAAGUGUUGGGGGCACUAUAGAAUUAGAGGACAACAAAUUUAUAUUGCAUAUAGCUAUGAAUUGGUGCAACUUUUCUGAAAAGCCAUGUAGACUUAGGAUUUAUUAAAAGGGAUCAAAUGCCCAUAUUUAGUGACAGAGUACCUGCUGCAAGGCAUAAGUGGAACUGGGCAGAAUGGAAGUGCAGGAAAGAAAGGUUUUCAAUGUACUAACAUGUUAGUUGCAGUGGCCUUUUUUGUUUUAGUUCUUUUGGUAGUAAAAAAAAAAAGUAGGUGUGAAAAAGAAACAAAAUAGAAGUUAUUGGAGAAUGUCUACACAAAUUGUAGUGAUGGACAUAUUAGAAUAAUAUGACUUGAAAAACUACGAGGAGGAAGAAUUCAGUGAAUAAUCAGGAUAUCGAAAUGAGUGGAGAUGGAUUGAAGUGAGCAAAAUGGAAACUAUAUAUACAGUGAUUCUCAAAUACUCAGAAAACCUGACCAGUAAUCUCUUCAAUUUGAAAUUUCGUCCAACAAUGCAGAUGAAUGUUUGUAUCCAUCCUGUGUAAUUCACACAAUUCACAGAGGAUUCAUCCAAUAUGAUGGAGUCAUUCCUCACUUUCUCCUAUUAUCUGAAGGGCACUUGUUCUGGCUGUCCACUCAUCAGCGCUCUUCCUUACUAUGAGCCCAAAUCAUCUUCUUGUUCUACAAUUCUUUGAUGUGAAGUUUGAGCAACAUCAAUUAUCCCAGCAGAGGACACCAAAAAAUUUUAGAUAAUGUUUUCAUCAGUCAACAUAUGACAAAUGGAGAGGCAAUUGCCAAAGAGGAUUCCAAGUAGACAAUAAAUUAGCUUGCAAAAUCUAUUAAUAUUACGAUCUCUUUGUGCUGACAAAGGGAAAACACAACUCUGGGGCCCUCCAAUCUGUCCUUUUCUAAAGGGUUAUACAUUAGGCAGAAAUGGGGGCCAUCACCAGUUUUCUUGGUCUGUCCCACUGGACUCAAGUGACUCUGAAGGACAGAGUGAAGUUGAUGAUCUUGCACAGAUCUCUUGACCUGAAAUCCAAGUCAUUUGUAAAUCAAGACCUGACCCACUGAUGAUAUUGGUACUCUUUGAGAACAAAGGCCCAACAACAAGCUUCACAGGAAGACGCUCAUGAUUUCCAAAGUUCAGUGUUGCUUUCAGGUAAAGGCAAAUGUUCAGUUUUCCCAUCAGUCACUUAAUCGAGGAAAAACUCUGAGCUAAGUUAAGAGUGCAGUGAUUUAAUAAAACACUCAAAUUCAAAAACAA